UAACUUCCCACGGAUACAAAAUUGAAUAAUCGUCUAUUGAAAAUGUGGACGUUGUUUGUUUUUUUUUUUUUACCGAAUAAUUGACUUUAUUAAGUUUUAUAUAUAAAACCUACAAGGAAAGGAUGAGGCUUUAGGACAGCCGUUCCUGAUCUUUGUAUAGUCAGGUAAAACUGUGUCUGUAGGCAUCAUUUGUUGUCGUGACCUGUCUGUGUAAGUGUGUAGGACACGCAGUUUGCCUGAUUUAAAUUAAACAUCCAAUUCCACACAUGUCAUUGAAUUAAAUUUAGAAUAGUAAAGAGAUUCAUUUACACGAUACAUUAUGAAGUUACAAUAACAUAUAAACACUUGAAAAAAAACCCCGCGGUAUCAUCAUGAUGAAAUAUGUCCUUAUUUUUACUAACUCGUUUAUCUUUGAAAAUCUGUAGAAGAUUGAUGAUAUGCAUGGUGCAUAUACUCAGAUUUGUAGAGCCUUUAGAUCCUGUGUUAAAGUAAUUUUCAAGAAGUUCAAGGAGAGGAUGUCAAGGUAUUGGUCGGCAGCAUGUGGCUAACGAAGCGAUUACAGAUAUAAGAACACAUUCUUUCCCAAUCUUUAUCCAAUAGCUGUACCAAUGCUUAAGUCAGUAUCUUUAUAUAGAGAGUGGAAUAGGACCUCUUAUGUUUAAGUUCAGUGUAGCCUUUAUUUCACAUUAAAUUUUGAAUUUUACUGCUUUUCUGAAGGAAAUUAUAACAUAAUCAAUAACAUAACAAACUCAAAAACUUUAACGACAUAUGUGAUCAGGGAAGAACCAAUAGCUUUUCAUUGCAUCACUCUCAAGUUUUUAUCUUUCUUCCGUGUUAGGAUGUAGAUCACAACAAAGUCUCUUGUUGUAUCCAGCAGGGAUUUUGUUGACAUGCAAUGUAUAUACCUGAAUACCCAAUGAUACAAAAUUCUACAACCAUCUUUGGAAAAAGUGGACGUUGGUUUUUUUCUUUAAAUAAUUGAAUCGUGGAAUUUUCAUCAAUGAAAUCUAACAGGAAAGGAUGAAUAUGGUUUUAGGACAGUCGUUCUUAAUCUCUGUAUUAUCAGAGGCGACACAUCUGUAUUCUAACCACACAAUGCACUGGAGCGAAGCUGUACAAUUUUGCAGCAAACACGGGCUGGUUUUAAAAAAGUCAAAGCUUGGUCUUGCAGAUAAACAGAUUGAGACAUUCUGGACAAGAUUGUACAAAAAAGAAAGUGACUUUAUUUACCUACAUGGGUGUAUAAACGACCAUUAUGUCAAUAAAUCUGAGCACAUGGAGAGGGACCAGUGUAUACAGGAAUGUUUAAAUAAAAGACAUCAUUUGUUUGUAACGCAAAAGAGUAGCUGUUUCUGUUUCUCUGACCCUCAACCAAAACUUCAACAACAAUGUGACCUCAUCACCAGUUCAUUAGUGUUUGGAGCGAUCGAAACCUCCAAAAACCAAGAAAGCUGCUUAAUAAUUGAUUGUCAUGAGAAUAAAUCUGUCCAUCUUGUGAACUGUGACGAAGGUGUAAAUGUUUUCUGUGGAGAUAAAGUUUCUGGAAAUUUUACAUGGAAGAGUGCGGCUGAAAAAUGUAUGAAAACGAAAGCGAGUCUCAAACUUGAUCACCCAAACCAAAUUUGUUCUAAAGACGAUACCAAUAACAAAAUGAGAUAUUGGUUUGGUUUUGGCACGUUGGAAUAUACCGAGGAGUAUCUCAAAAACAAUGAUGAAUCAGAUGUCAACCAAACACUUUGCAAAAGCUGCAAUGACGUCUGUAAAUUUGAGGAUUGCAAUAAGAAGAGAAUAGCGGCUUGUGAGAGCAAUGUGGAGUCGGUAAGUGUAACGAUAACAAUAGACAGAGAGAGCGGGACAACGAAGGAUAGGCCAAAUCAACCAACCAAAGACAUGCUGUUCCGGACAACAAAUCUUAUACAUGACCAACCAACAAGAUAUACAAAAAUUAAACUGGACAAAACUACAAAACAAAAACUAACACAUCCAGAAAGUGAUGCAACAAAAGAUGGGCAGGUCAAAACUACAAAAGAAAUGCUUAAACAAACAACAAUGGAUUUCACAAAAGAUGGUGAGAACAAAACUAUACACAGCGAAAAUGUCCACAUGGGUACAUAUAAGAUAUUUAUGUUUGAUCCACUUCUUAAUCUAUCGCGGGAAUUAAAGCGCGAGAGCAUGGUGUCAAAGAAGCGUAGUGGACAAUGCACUCGCUUAUCACCGCUGCGACCCGAGUUUGAUCCCUGUGAACGACAGUUGUUGCAUGUGAUGGGCUCAGAAAUGUCUGAAUCUCUUGCGACACAUCUGUAUUCUAACUACACAAUGCACUGGAGCGAAGCCGUACAAUUUUGCAGCAAACAAGGGCUGGUUUUGAAAAAGUCAGAGCUUAGUCUUACGGAAAAACGGAUUGAGAAUUUCUGGACAAGAAUGUACAAAAAAGAAAGUGACUUUAUUUCCGUAUAUGGAUGUAUGAACGAUCAUUAUGUCAAUAAAUCUGAGCACAUCAAGAUGGACCAGUCUAUACAGGAAUGUUUAAAUAAAAGGCAUCUUUUGUUUAUAAUGCAAAAUAGUAGCUGUUUCUGUCUCUCUGACCCUCAACCAAAACUUCAACAACAAUGUAACCUCAAAACCAGUUCAUUUGUGUUUGGGGUGAUCGAACCCCCAAAAAACCGAGAAAGCUGCUUACUAAUUGAUUGUCAUGAGAAUAAAACUGUCCAUCUUGUGAAUUGUGACGAAGGUGCAAAUGUUUUCUGUGGAGAUAAAGUUUCUGGAAAUUUUACAUGGAAGAGUGCGGCUGAACAAUGUAUGAAAACGAAAGCGAGUCCCAAACAUGAUCACCCAAACCAAAUUUGCUCUGAAGACGAUACCAAUAACAAAAUGAGAUAUUGGUUUGGUUUUGGCACGUUGGAAUAUACCGAGGAGUUUCUCAAAAGCAAUGAUGAAUCAGAUGUCAACCAAACACGUUGCCAAAGCUGCAAUGACGUCUGUAAAUUUGAAGAUUGCAAUAUGACGAGAAUGGCGGCUUGUGAGAGCAAUGUGGAGUCGGUAAGUGUAACGAUAACAAUAGAUAGGGAGAGCGGGACAACGAAGGAUAGGCCACAUCAACCAACCAAAGACAUGCUUUUCCAGACAACAAAUCUUGUGCAUGACCAAACAACAAAAUAUACAAAAAUUAAACUGGACAAAACUACGAAAGAAAAACUAACACAUACAGAACGCGAUGCAGCAAAAGAUGGGCAGGUCAAAACUACAAAAGAAAUGCCUAAAGAAACUACAAUGGAGUUAACAAAAGAUGGUGAGAACAAAACCAUAGAACAAUCAACAAAAGUUGCGUCCGACACCACAACAGAUGUAAAAGAACCUUACCAAAUGGUGGCAGUUUAUUGUCUUUCCAUUUUGGUGCUAAUUUUAAGUUUGCUUGUCGUUUACUGUCUGUGUCAGAGAUGUCGCAAUCAAAAGAAGCAGAUAUUGGAGAAUAAGUCAGGCAUUUCUAACAACCCUCCAGCUGAAAACUUGGCAUUGACGACAGUGAUUUAUGAACUAGCAGAUAACUCAAAGCUAGAUAGAGGGGAUCAAAACCACACUGAGGAAAAUACUGUUAAAGAACCAGGCAACAUUAUUGGGUCCAUUGGUGGAUUAACUAAACUAACAGGAAGACAGACCAAUGAAGACGUCUAUAACCACCUCUGGGAGAAAGCGGCUGAUUCCUGUCCCAAAAAAGAGAAUAUGUACGAUCAGUGUAACUUGGGAGGAGAAGACAUUUACAAGUAUGGCGUUACUAGCGGUCCACAUGCUAGUUCUGCGACGGUGAAUACAAAUUACGAUCGCGUGACACUGGUCAGUGCAAACGUAAAUACGUCCAGAUAGAGCCAUCCCGUAUGUAACGGUGAUAAUAAAUUUAUUGAAAGUGUUGAAAACAACUAUAGGAGUUAGAAGACACCAUAACCGUCAUGACAAUUUUUUUUUUAUUUAAUGAUAAUCAAAAUUUUGGCAAUCUAGUAUUUUUGACGAGAGAGAGAGAGAGAGAGAGAGAGAGAGAGAGAGAGAAAGAGAGAGAGUUGUUUUUAUUUAAACAUUUUACGACAAAAAUUACUGGAUUUUAUAGCUUUGAAAAUUAUAUUUAAAAAAAUACAACUAAAUGACUCACUAGAUUUAAAUAUUUCACAGUUCAAAUUCUAUAUUUUUCAGCAAUAAGAUUAAAAAUAGUUUUCGUUUUGAAAGGAAAAAAUGUUUCCUUGUUUACUUCCGUGUUUGGCUGAACUUGAAGAAACUUCUCUAAGCUAAUACUAUGUUAUUACAGUCAUUCUAUUUACACCCAAAUGCCGUCGUUUAUGUUUUUUUCUGACAAAAAAACCCACUUUGCAAUUCUCUAUUUUGACUUAUAUUGUUUGUUUAAAAAAAAUUUAAAAUGAAAAAUAUCUUAACCGGUGAAAGUAUUUGGAUUAUCAACAUUUAUAUCGGUAUGUGUCCCAUACCUCCUUAAUAAUACCUUAGGUAACAUGCAAUUUUUAAUAAAUAUAAAAACAAAUCAAGAACAAUGCAUUUUAUUUAUUCCAUUGGUUUGAUCGAUCCUUAUUGUACAAUUUCCUAAAUGGCGUAAUAAUCCAAACAGUUGUUUUACGAAACAUUUCCUUAAAUAGGUGUUAUUUUUUCACAAAUGUAAUCUAGGUGUUUUACAUUGCUCUUAUGACGUUUUUAGUUUGGAUAGUGUAUCUUUAUUUUAUUGUAACCUCCAAACCCCAUUCUUUCAGUGAUAUAAUACGGGCUAUAACUUUAGUUUGGUAACAAACUUGAGUUAUAAAAAUCAUCUCGGUCAAAUUAAAUUCGAUAUUUGUUAAAUCUUGCUGUUAAAUAGUUGAGAUAUUUUCUGAUAGCACAAGAACUGGUCAUGGAAUAAAUAAUAAAAAAAGCAUC